GACGGGGCGGGGCCGGGCGGCGCCGGUGCGGGCUGAGGCCGAGGCGGUGGUGGCUCAGCAGAGCGGCGGCUCUCGGGUAGCGGUCUCGGUGUGUCCAACCUCCCUCUGCCUACUCGCAAGGUUCCUCGACGCGGUUCGGGUCCAGUGGACCUAACCCUUUGCCAUGGACUCCCAGAAAGAAGCUCUGCAAAGGAUCAUUACAACUCUGGCAAAUAAAAAUGAUGAAAUUCAGAACUUUAUUGAUACACUAAAUCAAACACUAAAAGGAGUUCAGGAAAAUUCUUCUAACAUACUUUCAGAGUUAGAUGAAGAAUUUGAUAGUUUAUACUCCAUAUUGGAUGAGGUAAAAGAAAGUAUGGUUAAUACUAUCAAGCAGGAACAAGCUCGUAAAUCACAAGAGUUACAGAGUCAGCUUAGUCAAUGUAAUAAUGCCCUGGAGAACUCGGAAGAACUACUAGAAUUUGCAACACGGUCAUUAGAUAUAAAGGAACCUGAAGAAUUUUCUAAGGCUGCCAGACAGAUCAAGGAUAGAGUAACAAUGGCUUCAGCCUUUCGCCUUUCUUUGAAACCAAAGGUCAGUGACAACAUGACUCAUUUAAUGGUGGAUUUUUCUCAGGAAAGACAGAUACUGCAGACUUUGAAGUUUCUGCCAGUCCCCAAAGCUCCAGAGAUAGAUCCAGUAGAGUGUUUGGUGGCUGACAACACUGUAACAGUAGCUUGGAAAAUGCCAGAGGAAGAUAAUAAGAUUGAUCAUUUUAUAUUGGAAUAUAGAAAAACAAAUUUUGAUGGACUUCCACGUGUAAAGGAUGAGCGAUGCUGGGAGAUAAUUGAUAAUAUUAAGGGAACUGAAUAUACACUGUCAGGCUUAAAGUUUGAUUCGAAGUAUAUGAAUUUUAGAGUGCGAGCUUGUAACAAGGCUGUGGCUGGAGAGUAUUCUGAUCCAGUGACUCUAGAGACCAAAGCACUGAACUUCAGUUUGGAUAACUCUUCAUCCCAUUUGAACCUGAGAGUAGAAGAUACCUGUGUAGAGUGGGAUCCUACUGGAGGAAAAGGUCAAGAAAGUAAAAUUAAAGGAAAAGAGAACAAGGGCAGUGUCCAUGUUACUUCACUGAAGAAACAUACAAGAAGUGGUACACCAUCUCCUAAACGGACAUCCAUAGGCUCCAGGCCACCAGCAGUAAGAGGCAGCAGAGAUCGUUUUACUGGGGAGUCAUACACAGUGCUGGGAGACACUGCUAUUGAAAGCGGACAACAUUAUUGGGAGGUCAAGGCCCAGAAGGACUGUAAAUCCUACAGUGUGGGAGUAGCAUACAAGACUUUGGGAAAAUUUGACCAGUUAGGAAAAACAAACACUAGUUGGUGUAUCCAUGUCAACAACUGGCUACAAAACACGUUUGCAGCAAAGCAUAAUAAUAAAGUCAAAGCCUUGGAUGUUACUGUUCCUGAAAAAAUAGGUGUAUUUUGUGAUUUUGAUGGGGGUCAACUUUCUUUCUAUGAUGCAAACUCAAAACAGUUGUUGUAUUCCUUUAAGACAAAAUUUACUCAGCCUGUACUACCUGGUUUCAUGGUUUGGUGUGGUGGACUUUCUUUGAAUACUGGAAUGCAGGUUCCAAGUGCUGUGAGAACACUUCAGAAAAGUGAAAAUGGAAUGACUGGUUCAGCUAGCAGCCUAAACAAUAUUACUCAGUAAUGCCUACUCAGAAAAUGUUUACCUCCCCCACCCCCAUCCUUUUUGAUUGGGUGGUCUUUUCUGUGCAGUUACUAAUCACAGAAAUUUAUGAGUGGUGGAAAUCAGGUCUGCUACAUUCUGCUUUAAGGCUUGGAAUCUGUUAGCAUUAAGCAUCUAGUACAAAGCAUUCACAGGAAUCUACUGUGCAGUAUCAGAGAAGCAGGCAGACAUCGAGCAAGAAACUGAUGUUUUGAAGAGUAAAUGGGCAGUGUUUAAGUAGCUACAUAGAACUCAUUUUUGUCUUUCUUGUAUUACUUUGGCUCUUCUAAUAUGUUUAGUUACAUAUUGUAGCCCUAGGGCCUGAGGGAAAAGCAUUUAAAUCUUGUCUUUUUUCUUUUCUACUUUCUCUUUUUUUAAUGUCAUCACCACCUAUUUAUUUUGGUUCUUACACUGAAGCUUUAGAAAUAUACAGUCCUUUAUGGUUUUCUAAAACUUUAAAUAAUUAGCUGGGGAUGCUAGAAAAGUUUUUUUUUACAAUAGUUUAUUUUCCUCCUUUUAUAAAUACAUUGAAGUUUGCUAAAUUAUCCUCUUUUAUUUAUUUACUAGAUUGUGUAUCAUUUUCUCUUUUCCAUAUACUGUGAUAUUUCUCUUACGGUUAUCUUUAAAAAGAGUGGAUAGGAAGAGUUCCUAGACAGCUUAAAAUCACCCAAAUUUCAGUUUUUUCCCGGUUGUUCUUAACAGCGGCAAAGGGAUAUCCUUUCUAUGUUACCCUGUUGAAUUAGACUUCCUUUCAUUCCAUCAUUUUGGAUGAUGGGGGUAAGAUUUUUUAGAGCCUUAUAUUUUCUGUUUUGUUAUGUAGUUAAUACUACCUUUAAUAGUUAUCUUUGGUAAAAUUUCCACUUGAGUUUGGUAAUAAUUGAUGAUAAUUAUACUGAUUUUUAACAUUUCUAUUAAGACGAAAGUUUAUGAAAGCUAUAUAGGAAAAAAAAAAAAAAAAAGCUGUCUACUCAAGUUUUACCCAAGAGGAAUAGGUUACAAAAGGAGGUGCAAGUGUUUUGAAAAAAGCUACGUAUCUACGUACUUGCAAGGCACGUGAGUUUUUCAAACAUAAGUAUUCUAAGGUUAUUUUUCUCUAAGUCUUUUUGCUGCAGUCAUUUGCUUUCUGAACGGUUUUAAUUCUUCCAAAAAUUAAUAUAAUCAUUACCAAAUUUAAGGAAAAUGUGGUAAACAGUGAGUAACCACCAUGGUUAUUGAGCAGAGCAUAUAUACUGUUUAAAAGUUGAUGAAAAUUUGUAACAAGUCCUUUGAGCCAAAUUGAAAGUUGUAAUUACAGUAUUUCCUUGAGCAUUUAAAUUUUUUAAAAAUCAACUAUGUUCAUUUUCCUUGAGCAUUUUAAUGAGGUCUGGAUUUGUAUAUUCCUUAAUUUUUGAAACUUUACUUUCUCAUGAUGACUUUGUUUCAUUCACAUUUUAAGUGUAUUAUGUUAUCACAGCCUUCCCCUUAGAAGUGACUGUUGCUUAUAUUUGAGUUGCUUUUUCUAGAAAGGCUUGGAAUAGGAACAGUUCAUUCUCUCUUAAAGUUUCUUACUUAGUGAUAGGUUGUUUUGUUCAUUGUAAAACAAAUCUAAAUGAGGAAUUUUAUUUGAAUUGGGUAUUUUUCCAGAGCAUAUUCAUAUCUAUGUGAUUGUCUGAUGGUGGAUUUUAAAGACUAUAUGGCAGUUUAGAGAAUGGCAUAUAGUCAUUUGAUUCUCCAGGCAAAUAAAAUCUGGGUUUUGUUUCUCCUAGAGAUUUUGAAAGUAAUUUUUGGAUGUCCUAAUGCCUACAGCAGGGUUAUCCAGGAUCUAAGGAAAUAGGAAGUUAUUUUCUUUCACAGAGUUAAACCUGAAAGCAGUAAAUAAUUUAGUGGUGGAGCUGCUUUAUAUGAACAGUUAUGUGUAUUUUAGCAAAAGUAACACAGAAAAAGCCAAAAGUUCUUGUAUAAAAUUUUAACUAUUAUGUCUUAUAUAGUUGUACCUUCUCUUUAAUUCAGUGCCUUCUUCCUCUAAGCAUGCUCUUGCUCCAUGCCCCAUGCAGUGUCAACUGAUAUUUAAGUCAGAGAUCAUUAUGUUAUACUGGUGAGGGGCUUCUUUGCAGAGGCAUGGGGGAAAGGAAAAUACUAAUCAGGGGCUGGAGAAGUGCAGAUGAUUCUUCCUGUGCUCAUAUCAUCAUUUGAAACUCUUCAUAUAAAAUUUUAAAAUAGUCAAUUGGAAAAUCCAUUUGAAGUUCACCAUAAGAAUCUGAAGAAUCUGAAAGUUUUCCUCUUACUGUACUUCUUCUUAAAGGUCUCUGAAAAAAACCCAAAAUGUGUGUGGGUUUUAGCCUAGUUGUUUUAAGUUUAUUUGUGUUAUGCUCAAUUAGAGGCAGUUUGCCACCCUGACUUUCAAACUAGAAAAUAACCAACUGUAGUGCCUAUUUACAUAGUCUCGAAUUAAGGUAACUAUUAACUUGACACAUAAUAUACAACAUUCUCAUUGACAUCUGAAUUAAAAAGUACUGAGUUUUUUGCUCAAUACAUUGUGGAAAGUUAGUAUACCCUUUGAAAUAUUUUCUUUCUUUUUUUACUCUUCAUUUUGACAGGUCAAACAUGACUGCUUUCUGUAUAAGAAAUGCAUGAGAGAUUGACAGUAAUGGAUGUAUCACAGGUGUAAGAAAAUUGUUUUAUAAAAACAUACAUGUAGUAUUGCAUUUCUCUUUUAUUAGUUGAAUCCCAAACCAGUUUUAAUAAACUGGAUAAAGAAAUGAAGGAAUUGCCUUAAGCACUUUAGAAAAAAGAAUUUUUUAAUAAUUCAUUUUGACUCCUUGGACUGUGUCACAUACGUCUUUAACUUUUCAUAUAUAUGUAUAUACCAAGCAUUUACUGAUUUGCACACAAAUUUAAUAUACAGUAAUUCUUUCAAUGUUCCAGGUGUAGGCAAACAAGUUGAAAGUAUUAAAAGUGUGCCUGUCUUUACAUGUGUUUAAUUGGUGGCAUCUUACCAUUUUGACAGACCAUGAACUGCUGCUAUACAGCUAGACUUGACUUUGUUCUGCAGUCAUUUCCUCCAUGUUAUCAUCUAGAGACAUACUGGCUUGUUUUUUUGUUUUUGCCCAUAUAUGAAAAAGUAUGCACAGUAUCAUGUAUAAUUUGAAAUUUUUAUACUGAUCCUUGAUAGAAUAAAGAAUAAAAUAAUGUGUAAUGAAA